AUGGCUGACACGCUCAACACGGACACUCGAGGGGCGAAAAAUGCUACGAAGCGAGCCCAGCCACCAGAGCCCCCGGACGGCGGCUGGGCCUGGCUGGUACUUGUUGGAGCAUUCUUAUCACAAGCUCUCACGUACGGAUACUACGGAGCUGUGGCCGUGUACGUCCCUGUGUGGAUAGAUUUCUUCGACAGUUCUGCGACAGAGUCGAGUUUGAUUGUUUCUCUGUCGUCGUUCUUCAUUGGUUUUUUAAGUGUGGUUGCUGGUAUCUUGAUAACCCGAUUUAGUGUCAGAUCUAUCUGGAUGAUUGGGGGCGUGUUGGCUUCACUAGGGCUUCUGAUAUCAGCUCUGGCUACCGGUACACUCUUCCUGACGCUAAGCAUGAGCUUGAUAACAGCUCUGGGUUUCAGUGUGUGUGUAAACUGUAGUCUAGUGGCUCUAGGCAUGUACUUCAAGAAGCGUCGUACUGUUGCUUUUGGCAUUGCUUCAUCUGGCUUUGCAGGGGGUCAGAUUAUCCUGACUCCUCUGGUAGAAUACCUGAUAGACCAAUAUGGAUGGAGAGGGUCCAUGGUCAUCAUGGGGGGUAUUUUAUUUCAUACCACUGCUUGUGGAGCCCUCGUACGUCCACUGUUAUCCAAGGCAGGGAAACGGGCAUCAAAGCUGCGGCUGGACUCUGAAACAAAGUCGGCCGACGAAAAUAUCACGAAUAUCGGCGGAAAUUCUCAAAAGACAAACGAGGAGAGAGAUAUUAUCGCUGAAGCCCAAUUCAGAAUCAGCGGUGAUUACACAGAUACAGUUUGCAGAAGAUCGUCAAAUGACGAUUCGGCCAACUUUUGUUUGAACGACAAAGAGAUUGUUUUGCGGAAACAUGACUAUGACGACAAAGAUAUCCAAACUAUGACCGGUGUCGCUUCGGAAAAAGGCUCUGUGGUAAACACAGGCUCCUUUGAGAACCCUGAGACAAACGAUGAGGAAGAUGUUACUGUUGAGGCUCAUUUGAGAACUAACGGUGAUUUUGCAGAGGCCAGCACGGAAUUGUCAAAUAAUGAUUCAAGCGAAGUAUUUUUCGAUGGCACGGAUAUCUCGCGGCAGAAAAAUUACGAUAACAACAAAAAGAUCACAUCGAAACCCACACCGUCAAUUGGUGUUGAAGACGUCUUUGCUAAGGCGGACAAUGCAACUCGUGAUCCCUGUUUCCUGGAAGACUCAGGGGCAACUAUCUCUCCGGAAACAAUUCACAAUCAGAAAUCACCCACGUCACAGACUGACUCAAACCCGCCGUCUGUCAGCCGUUGCAGACUGUACCUGACCCGUUUCCGGACCUUUAUGAUGGAGAGUUACGGUCUUUCAAGCUUGUUCCGAAAUCCCAGCUUUGUCUUGACCAUACCCAUCGGCUUAGCGCACGGCAGUGGUUGGGCCUCCGUUGUGUAUCACCUAGACGCCCAUGCCGAGUCGGUCGGUUUGCAGUCCACCGAAGGAGCCACACUUCUGACUCUCAUGGGAGUAGGAGCCUUUGUUGGUUCAAUAAGUCACGGAUGGUUCGUUGAUAAAGGCUACAUUCCUCCACUAAUUGCCUUCAUCAUAGCACUCCUCGGCGACGCUGUGACCUGUUUUAUCUUACUUCCUCUCGCCACCUUUGGUCCCAUGGCAGCAAUUUGUGUUCUAUUCGGGUUUUCCAACGGUGUGGUAGAGCCAUUGAUAUUUGUAGUUAUUCAGGUUCUUGUGCAACCGAGUGAAGUGGCUGGAGCGACCAGUCUCCUCCUUGUGUGCUGGGGUAUUGGCGAAGUACUUGGAGCUACUAUCGCAGGUUGGAUUUACGACACCCUUGCAAGCUACAACAUCGCAUACGUCAUGUCGUGAUCUGUAUGUACCCUGGCAGCAACCUUAGUUGCCAUGAUCUACUGCUUAGAAAAAAGAACGUCGAGAGGACAGAAGGGGGAAGCGGACGGGGCGAAUAUUGAGGCACAGCGUGCACCUCAAGACCCUAGCAAGAAAUCUGGGGAUCGCGUCAAUGAGAACCAAGAGAAUGGUGUAAUGAAUCCAGUGUUCUCAGGUGACAGCAACAACGAUACUUAAUGUCGACAUGAACCUGGUGAGAACAAAGCAAAAAAUUAAGAGCUCAAGAUCAGAAAUUGAGUCAGAAACACAGGAGUAUUCCUGUUAAUUCCAACGGAUCAAAUCAAAAGUGCAUGAUGCUGAAUUGAUUAAAAGUUGGUGGUUUGGUCUAUUGCUCGUGUAUGUUCCGGUUUCAUCAAGAGAUAGCCUCUAAUACAGGAAGCAGGCUGCGUAAAAUCCCCCAAGACACUGUAUCGAUGAGCUUGCAUUGCGUACCAUUUGGGCCUCGUAAAUAUGGAUGAGCUGUCUUCGGACGCUCCGCCCACUUUUUGCCUUAACUUGGCAGGCGGCGGAGCCCGGGGCUCGCCAUUUGAAAGUG